GAGUGCCGCCCCACCCGUGGACCCCGGUGCAGUUGCACCGCCUGCACACUCGAUAGCGCGUGCGUACAGCACUCGCCGGAUAAUAAUGCAGACGCCCUCCGCAUAUUUCAGUCGGCGGCGACAAAAAAAACCCCCCACCACCUCUGUCGCUUCCCCCGGAUGAGUGAAUUAAUGCAGAGGGGGGGGGGGGGGGGGGGGGGGGAAUCCUUCCGCGCGAGUGGAGAGCGGUUCUCGCCCGCUCGCCCACGCACAGCACGAAGACGCAGAGCGAAGGCCAAAAAUAUCUCAAGCGAAAGGGGGGGGGGGUAUGGCACGAUACUUUACGACAGCCGCAGCAGCGCGCGUCGGAGGGUUGAAAGCGGAGAGGAGAGAUUCCCUUCUUACCCCCCCCUACCCACCACCCCCCCCCCCCGUUUCUCCGUCCCCUCCUCCACGCCACCACCGCUACUCCGCACGUCCGUUCACUUGAGGAGGAGGGAGCCUCGCGCAGGGGAAGCGGCGUGGUAGGGACACAGCACUGCGCCUGGAGGAGCGAGCCGCGCCUCUUAGCGCCUGUAGAGGGGGGGGGGGGAGGUGGUUGUGGAGUUGUAUAUACAUGUACAAAAUGAGCUUUUAUUUAAAGCUAAAUGACGUGCCUUUUAAAGAUAUAUUUGUAUUGCCAUGUCAAGUUGCUAAUUUGAUCAAAAACAAAAUUGGCGUCAUCUUAUGGGAUUGUUUAAAUUGCAUAUCAACAACAACAACAAAUCCAUCUACUCUGUUAAACGCACCCGGCUUGCGUUUCUAAGCCACUUUGGGCUAUCACUGCGCGGUGCUUGCGAACACGAGGAGCCGCCCGGCUUGGCGUGAACUCCGCACCCUCCCCACCCACCUCGCCGCAGUCGAGCACUCACCAGCACCCUCGCUCGCCAUGGUUUUCGGACAAAUCUUCCAGCGGCCCGGCUCCAAGUGCACAGGCGUGGACGAGAGCGUUGGCUCCGCAGCAGCAGCAGCCGCAGCAGCAGCCGCCGCUUCAAUCGCUGUGAACGUGGGUGGCUUCAAGCGACGCCUGGAGGCGGGCACGCUGCGCCGCUUCCCGCACACGAGGCUCGGCCGACUGAUGAGCUGCGACUCGGAGGAAGCCAUCCUCGAGCUGUGCGACGACUACGACGUGGCCGAGCGCGAGUUCUACUUCGACCGCAACCCGUGCGUGUUCCCGUGUAUCGUCAACUUCUACUACACGGGCCGGCUGCACGUGGCCGACGACCUGUGCGCCAUCUCCUUCAGCCAGGAGAUGGAGUACUGGGGUAUCCAUCGGCUCUUCCUCGACUCGUGCUGCAGCCUGCGCUUCCAAGAGCGCAUGCACGAGCGCGAGGACGACAACGACGACGACGAGGACUGGGACGGGCACAGCGACGACAGCUCGGACCGCUCCUUCAUCGCGAACUUGCUCUACGAGGCGCCGGCCGAGGCGGCCCAGGGUGGCCGCUGCGCGCGGUGCCGUCGCGAGCUGUGGCUCGUGCUCGAGAACCCCGCGCACUCGCUCGUCGCCAAGCUCGUGGCCGUGUGCUCGCUCGCCGCGGUGCUCGUCUCCAUCGCCACCCUGUGCGUCCACAGCGUGCCCGAGUUCCGACGCCACGACGCCGAGGGCAAGGAGAUGGAGGACCCGAACCUCGAGCUGGUGGAGGGCGCGUGCGUCGCCUGGUUCACGGUCGAGUUCUUCCUGAGGUUGGCCACGGCGCCCGACGUGAAGGCGUUCGCCCGAAAUCCGCUCAACGUCAUCGACUUCGCGUCCGUGAUGCCCUUCUUCGUCACGCUGGCGGUCGACCGGCUGAUGGAGAGCGGCGCCGAGCUGCAGAACGUGGGGCGUGUGGUGCAGAUCCUCAGGCUAAUGCGCAUAUUUCGCAUCCUCAAACUGGCUCGCCACUCCACGGGGCUCCGCUCGCUGGGCGCCACUCUGAGACACAGCUACCAGGAGGUGGGGGUCCUCCUGCUCUUCCUCUCGGUCGGCAUCUCCAUCUUCUCCGUGCUCGUCUACUCCGUGGAGAAGGACGAGGAGGAAUCCAGCCUGCAGACCAUCCCCAUGUGCUGGUGGUGGGCCACCAUCAGCAUGACCACGGUGGGCUACGGGGACACGUACCCAAUCACGGUUCUCGGCAAGAUGCUGGGCACCGCGUGCAUCGUGUGCGGCAUCCUCGUGGUCGCGCUGCCCAUCACCAUCAUCUUCAACAAGUUCUCCAAGUACUAUCAGCUGCACAAGGCGCUGGAGGCCGCCGUGCGUCAGGCGGACGAGCAGAGCUUGAGCGCCGAGGAUCUGCCCGGCGUCAACAUCCGCGACUACUACGCGCGCAAGAUGACCUCGCUGCUGCGCAGCGUGGCCACGAGCGGCGUCGGCGGCGUCGACUACGACGAGGACAGCGACGCGAGCGGACGCUGGGCCGGUGAGCGGGGCCCUCGGCUCCGAGCGAGGUCUGGCGGCGAGCGGAGGGAGCUGUCGUGAAGGCCGGCGGUGUGCCACUCUUCGAUGCCGUGCGUGCGCGCGUGAGCAAGGCGGCCCAGCACGCUUCUUCUGCCUGGCAUUUCCCCACCAUCACCAUCACCACCACCACUCACUCAUGGGGUUGUUUUCUUGGUCCUCGUUUUCCACCAAUUUCUGCCCUGCGCCAUCAUCUCCAAGGCCAUUCCACUAUCGUCCCCCUCCCAAUCCCCACUCAUCAUCCCCCUCUGUGCCCAACUCCUCCUCUUCCUCCUCCCUGUCUCCUCCUCUGACUCCACUCGUUGUUCUGUAGUAGACAAUCGUCUUCGCGACCACUCCACUGUCGGUCGCAUUUUAGUUUCACCACUUCGAACCGCCUGAGCUCCUACCUCCUCGACCUCCGGCCCUGGUGCUGCCUUGUUAAUCUCCUUGCUUCCGUUUGCUCCUGACACGGUCACAUGGCCAUCCAAGGCGACCGUCAAGCGAUCGGUUUGUCCGAAACGGGUACCGCUCUCGCCUCCUUUCCUCAUCCCCUUCACUUUUGAUCACGAUCGUGUCUCGUCCACUCUAAGGGAUCAAAUCCCGCAGACGGCGGGAGCACGCAUGUCCCCCUGCAUCUCAGCACCAACGAUUCGCCCCGUUGCUUUUGUGCGUCGGCAGUGAGGGAGACACCCCCGUGUCGAGUGCGUCAAUGAAUCCACGUUGUUGUGUGUUGACUUUCUGUUUGUCGCUCUUACAUUUUUUGAACGCUGUGAACACGCGACCGGCACCGGAUGAGCAAACACGAUCGCUUGGCAACUAGAAGCGCGACACAGGCCGUCCGAUGUCGGUACACAAUGACUCCGAAGCUUGGGAUUGCCAUGCGACCUUCAUUUGUUUUUAUUGCUCGCCUCGCAGUGGGAGCCCAGUGUGCUUUUGGCAAAAAAAAAGAUGGGAAUUGAACCUAUCCGUCCCGGUGGGAAGCGGCCGUGUGUGGCCGCGAGGCGACUCUCGUGGGCCGGCGGUGACCGAAAUCGUCCAACGCAGCACUCUCAUCUGUGGGCCAUGUUGAGCUCCCACCCACGUGGCAGGCCAUUUAUUACAAAGCUGAGCAAAUGACGGUGACAUUCAAGUGCGGAGCCACGCGAGAUGCGAGCCGACUGCGUGUGACCCUCCAAGUUACUGCCUACGAGCAACGGAUUCGUGUUUUGACGAACACGAGUCACCCGGAAUGCGUCCGAUCUCGUGACAUCUCGGGAGGCAAACGCGCAGGGGUUGAGCCUGAAAAGUGCUUGGAUGGGACGACCGCGGUGCACGAAACGGGUGCUGUAGGCUGCCGCGGUGAUGCGUUGUCAGCAGAGGGCAGUGCAGCAGCAUCCACCGUCAGUUACUCCCUACCCCCCCCCCCCCCACCAUGUCUAUGCGCCCUUCGCCUUCAUCAACGCCCACUCGCCAGCGUAGUGAAGUAUGGUCAAGUAUAGCCCCCCUAGAACCGCACCCCGUGGUGAAGUAUGGCCAAGUAUAGCCCCCCGAGAACCGCACCCAAUGGUGAAGGACCUCACAGCAGUGGACUCACAGAGGUUUGCAGGUCGAUGUACAUGAACAAUGGGCAGUGGUGUACAUAAACAAUGGUGUACAUGAACAAUGGAUGAUGUAUAAUGAGCAAUGCACUUUGUUGUCUAUGAACAAUGGGUGGUGUUGUACAUGAAUAAUGGACGGUUGUAUAUGAGCAAUGAAUGGCGUUGUAUAUGAACAAUGGUUGAUGUAUAGUAUAUGAAUAAUGGACGGUGCUGUAUAUGAACAAUAGUCAUUGUGGGAUGUGAACAAUGAGUGGUGCCAUCUACGAACAAUGGGUGGUGUUCUUGGUUCUUUCGGUAAAGUCACGUUUAAGGGAAACAAUAAAAUAAUAAAAUAUAUAUAAAACAAGACUUGGUUCAUCAAGGACUAAACACUGAGGU